GCGGAGGUUGAAAACUGGGCGCAGUGAUCAAAGCCACAAUUUUAUAUGACGCAAGGGUUUCUAGGUCGACGGAGAGUGCCCUUAUCCAUAACACUUCGUCCUUUGACUUUUCUGAUUUUGUCGUAAUCGUCAAUUGACAAGUAACCCAUCACUUGGCGUUCAUUCUCUCAACAACGAAGUACUAUGGCCGAGAAUAUUGCCAAGGCUAAUCAGUAUCAGUACGCCGCCAAUUCCAGCUUGGUUUUGCAAGCCGAUCGAAGCGGUUUACCUCGCAGAGAUCAAGAUGCUACGGGCGAGCCCGACAGUUUGUGGGGCAAGAUCGAUCCUAAAGAGUUUGGUUCACGAGCCGAACGAGAAACGCCCAAAGGCAUUGAAGAGAAGAAGAAGAAGGCCGCUCAACGAUCCGAUGACCUCGCCGAAAAGAGACGACGGAAAAAGGAAGAAAGCGCCAUCAGCAAGGCCUACGGUUAUUCUUCCGUGCUUUCCGCCACCGAAGACUGGGAAGGCCUGAAUUACCGACCUCGUACUAAAGAAACGCGCGCAGCCUAUGAACACAUUCUGUCUUUUGUAUAUGAUCAUUUAGGUGAUCAAGCUCGCGAUGUCAUUCGAAGUGCUGCCGACGAUGUAUUAGAAACCCUGAAAACAGACACCCUCAAAGAUUUCGACAAAAAGCGCGAAAUCGAAUCCGUCAUUGGUCCCAUUGAAUCCGACAAAUUCGCACAACUGGUCAAUCUUUCCAAAAAAAUUACAGAUUAUAAUGCCGAAGACGAUGCCAUGGAUGUCGACGAGAAUGGCGAAAAAGUGGGCGCCAUUGACGACGAGCUCGGUGUCGCCGUGGUGUUUGACGAAGAAGAAGAAGAGCAGGAUGAGGAUGACCAGUUCGAAGUCAAGGAAGUCGAGGAAGACGACGACGAAGAGAUUGCAGAACAACAAUUCCGAAGAGCGGAAGAGGAAGAAGAAGUAGAAUCGCCGGAUGAGGAGGAAGGUUUCCGUACUGUUUUGCCUGGUGCCGACAGCGAGAAGAAGAAGAGAAAGUCAACCACACAAAAGGUCUCUGACGUGCUUUCGCCUCACGACAUUGAUGCUUUCUGGCUUCAGAGACAAAUUGCCGUUCAUUACCCUGACCCACAUACCGCCCAAGAAAAAACCAUGAAAGCAUUUGAUAUCCUCGGUGCUGAAUCUGUCAACAUGCGUGAUUGCGAAAACGAAUUGAUGGGAUUGUUCGACUAUGAUAAAUUCGAUCUUGUGCGUAUCCUUACAAAGAAUCGUGAACUCAUCUACUGGUGUACGCGAUUAGCGAGAGUGACGGGCGAAGAAAAAGCAGCACUGGAGGCUGAAAUGCAAGGAAAGAGCCUUGGUUGGAUUUUGCGUGAUUUGAGUGGUGAUCGUCGUCGUCGUGGUGAAGCCUUGGUACGCAAAGGUGUUGUAGAAAAUGCCAUGGAAAUCGAUGAAGAUGGCGCAGCCGCCGCCGCCACCCGUAGUCGCGCUCAACUACCCACCACCACCACCAUUGAACCCGGUAGCACAGUGGCCCCCAGACAGAUGCUUGAUUUGGAUGAUCUCGCAUUUGAACAGGGUGCUCAUCUGAUGUCCAAUAAAAAGGUUAAAUUACCGGAUGGUUCUUUCAAGCGUUCCAAGAAGGGCUACGAAGAAAUUCACGUACCGGCUCCCAAGCCUCAGGCGUUUGCAACGGGCGAAAAGUUGGUCCCCAUCAAGACGUUGCCCACGUGGGCUCAGGACGCCUUUGUUGGUGCCGAAAGCUUGAACCGUGUCCAGAGUCGACUGUAUCCUGUUGCCUUCGGCAGCGAUGAAAACGUGCUUUUGUGUGCCCCGACCGGUGCCGGCAAAACUAACGUCGCCAUGUUGACCAUUCUGCAUGAAAUUGACAAGAACCGUGACCCGGAGACAGGUUUGAUUGAUUUGGAUGCUUUCAAAAUUGUAUAUAUUGCCCCCAUGAAAGCUUUGGUGCAAGAAAUGGUCGGCAAUUUUAGCCAUCGCUUAAAACCGUACGGUAUCCAGGUCGCUGAAUUAACUGGUGAUCGCCAAUUGACCAAGCAACAGAUCGCCGAAACUCAGAUCAUUGUCACAACCCCUGAAAAGUGGGAUGUCAUUACACGCAAAGCAACCGAUCGCAGUUACACCGCGCUUGUUCGUUUGAUCAUCAUUGACGAAAUUCACUUGUUGCACGAUGAUCGUGGUCCGGUCCUUGAGAGCAUUGUGUCUCGUACCAUUCGCACCAUGGAACAAACUCAAGAACUGGUUCGUUUGGUGGGUCUGUCCGCCACGCUUCCCAACUACAUUGAUGUCGCCACUUUCCUUCGCGUCGAUCCGAAAUCGGGACUUUUCUUCUUUGACAGUACCUAUCGUCCUUGUCCUCUCAAGCAACAGUUUAUUGGUGUCACUGAGAAGAAGGCUAUCAAGCGAUUCCAGACAAUGAACGAAGUAUGCUACGAAAAGGUCAUGGAACAGAUUGAGAAUCGUGAAGAAAACCAGGUGCUCGUCUUUGUUCACUCGAGAAAGGAAACAGCCAAAACCGCGAAGACGAUCCGUGACAUGGCGCUUGAAAAGGAUACCAUUGCACGUUUCUUGAACCAAGAUUCUGCCAGUCGAGAAAUUUUGCAAUCGGAAGCGGCGACGGUCAAAGAUGCCAAUCUUCAGGAUUUGCUUCCCUACGGUUUUGCUAUUCAUCAUGCCGGUAUGACCCGUGCCGAUCGUACCCUCGUUGAAGAAUUGUUUGCCGACGGUCACAUUAAAGUGCUGUGUUCUACUGCUACGCUUGCUUGGGGUGUCAACUUGCCUGCUCACGCCGUCAUUAUCAAGGGCACGCAAAUCUAUUCUCCGGAAAAGGGUCGAUGGGUGGAAUUAUCGCCUCAAGAUGUUUUGCAAAUGUUGGGUCGUGCUGGUCGUCCUCAGUUCGAUACCUAUGGUGAAGGUAUCAUUAUUACCGCGCAUGCGGAGCUGCAGUACUACCUUUCUCUGCUGAACACCCAGUUGCCGAUCGAGUCGCAGUUCAUUAAACGUUUGGCGGAUAACCUCAAUGCUGAAAUUGUUUUGGGUACCAUCCGUAACCGUGACGAGGCCGUCCAGUGGCUCGGCUACACUUACCUGUAUGUGCGUAUGCUUCGAAACCCGACUCUGUAUAGUAUUCCGCUCGAUGACUUGAAGGACGAUCCUUAUCUGGAACAGAAGCGCGUCGAUUUGAUCCAUUCAGCCGCGGCCAUCCUUGACAAGUGCAACCUUAUUAAAUACGACAAGAAAUCCGGACGUUUCCAGGUGACGGAAUUGGGCCGCAUUGCUUCGCAUUACUAUGUGACGCAUCAUUCCAUGGCUACUUACAACCAGCAUUUGAGACCCAUGAUGAGCCACAUUGAACUGUUCCGUGUGUUUGCCUUGUCAGACGAGUUCAAAUAUAUCCCUGUCCGUGAAGAAGAGAAGCUGGAAUUGCAGAAACUGUUGGAACGUGUGCCGGUGCCUGUCAAGGAGAGUCUGGAAGAACCGACGGCCAAGAUCAAUGUCUUGCUGCAAGCUUACAUUUCGCAGUUGAAGUUGGAAGGUUUUGCUUUGGUGUCCGACAUGGUGUAUGUGACUCAGAGUGCUGGUCGUAUCUUGCGUGCCGUGUUUGAAAUUUGCUUGAAGCGUGGCUGGGCCCAGCUCACCAAGAAGGCCUUGGAUCUGUGCAAAAUGGUUGAAAAGCGUGCUUGGCUUUCCAUGUCCCCGCUUCGUCAGUUCAAGUCCAUGCCGGCGGAUAUCAUCAAACGUUUGGAACGUAAGGAAUUCCCUUGGGAACGUUACUUUGAUCUGAACCCGCAAGAGUUGGGUGAAUUGAUUGCUCAACCCAAGGCGGGACGAAUGCUGCACAAGUUGAUCCACGAGUUCCCCAAGAUUGAAAUCCAGGCUCAUGUUCAGCCCGUUACUCGAUCGCUGUUGAAGAUGGAACUGACGUUGACGCCUGAUUUCCAGUGGGAUGAAAAGGUGCACGGCAUGGCCGAAGCUUUCUGGAUCCUCGUUGAAGAUGUCGAUGGCGAGCAUAUUCUUUACCACGAUUACUUUGUUUUGAAGCAGCGAUAUGCCGAAGAAGAACAUCUCGUGACCUUUACGGUGCCAUUGUACGAACCGCUGCCGCCCAACUACUUUGUCACCGUGGUUUCCGAUCGAUGGCUUCAUUCCGAAAGCAAAUUGCCCGUCUCGUUCAAGCAUCUGAUCCUUCCUGAAAAGUAUGCGCCCCACACCGAACUGCAUGAUUUGCAACCCUUGCCCGUCUCUGCCCUGCGCAACUCUGCGUACGAAAAUGUGUAUGCUGGCUGGAUUGAUCAUUUCAACCCUAUUCAGACCCAAGUGUUCAACGCUCUGUACAGUACCGACGAUAACGUGUUUAUUGGUGCUCCUACUGGUAGCGGUAAGACGGUGUGUUCAGAAUUUGCUAUUCUUCGCAUGUGGAGUCAGGACAAGGACGCUCGCUGUGUGUACAUUGCGCCUUUGCAGGAGCUCGUCGAUCAACGCGUGGCCGAUUGGCAAAAGAAGUUUGGUGCUCUUGACGGCGGAAAAGAAAUUGUCGCAUUAACCGGUGAAACGAGUGCGGAUCUCAAGUUGUUGGAACGUGGACACAUCAUUUGCUGUACGCCUACGCAAUGGGAUCUGAUUUCGCGUCGAUGGAAGCAGCGCAAGAAUGUCCAAAACGUCAGUUUGUUUAUUGCCGAUGAAUUGCAUUUGAUCGGAGGUGAUAUUGGACCGACCUACGAAGUUAUUGUUUCCCGUAUGCGUUACAUCGCUUCCCAAAUCCAGAAACCGAUCCGUAUUGUGGCGUUGAGCACUUCCUUGGCCAAUGCUCGUGAUCUUGGUGAAUGGAUUGGUGCUACGACUCAUUCCGUGUUCAAUUUCCAUCCUUCGGUGCGUCCUGUCCCGUUGGAAAUCCAUAUUCAGAGUUACAACAUUCCUCACUUUGCUUCACUCAUGAUCGCCAUGGCGAAACCGGCGUAUCUUGCCAUUACCGCUCACUCUAGCAACAAACCGGUGAUUGUCUUUGUGCCCUCCCGUCGACAGUGUCGCUUGACCGCCGUGGAUAUUCUCACUUACUGUGUGGGAGACGACACCCCCGAUCGAUUCUUACACUGUCAGUUGGAAGAAAUCAAUCCGUUGUUGGAACGUGUUCAAGAUAAGGCGUUGGUGGAGACGCUGCAGCACGGUAUUGGUUACUACCAUGAAGCGUUGUCCAAGUCUGACAAGCGCAUCGUGGAGCAGCUUUACGAAUCCGGCGCCAUUCAAGUGAUUGUUGCAUCGCGCGACACUUGCUGGGGUCUGCCGCUGAACUCGCACAUGGUGAUUAUCAUGGGUACGCAAUAUUUCGAAGGCAAGGAACAUCGUUACGCCGAUUAUCCUAUUACCGACGUAUUGCAAAUGAUGGGUCGCGCUUGUCGCCCUCUGCAGGACGAUACAGGCAAGUGUGUAUUGAUGUGUCAAGCCAACAAGAAGGAAUUCUACAAGAAAUUCCUGUACGAAGCACUGCCGGUGGAAUCUCACUUGGAUCAAUUCAUGCACGACCACUUUAAUGCGGAAAUCGUAACCAAGACGAUCGAGAACAAGCAAGAUGCCGUCGACUAUUUGACGUGGACCUUCCUUUACCGACGCAUGGCGCACAAUCCCAAUUACUACGGCUUGCAAGGCACCAGUCACCGUCACUUGUCGGAUCAUUUGUCUGAACUGGUAGAAAACACGUUGAACGAUUUGCAAGAAACCAAGUGUAUUACCAUUGAAGACGAGAUGGAUGUGGCUCCUCUCAACCUGGGUAUGAUUGCCGCUUACUACAACAUCAACUAUACCACGAUGGAUAUGUUCAGUGUCAGUUUGAAGAACACCACCAAGCUCAAGGGUCUGUUGGAAAUUGUUUCGUCAGCCACCGAGUUCGAUGGUAUCCCGAUCCGUCAUCACGAAGAUGGCGUUCUCAAGCGCAUUUAUGAACGUCUUCCCGUCAAACUGGCGACACCCAAAUUCAACACACCUCGCAUCAAGACGAAUAUUCUGCUUCAAGCACACUUUGCCCGUAUGCAAUUGCCUGCCGAUCUUCAGUCGGAUCAAUCCAUGGUCCUUGGUCGCAUCAUUCCAUUACUGCAAGCGUGUGUGGAUGUGAUUUCAUCGAACGGGUGGUUGGCGCCCGCACUGUCGGCCAUGGAACUUGCUCAGAUGAGUGUUCAGGCCAUGUGGGAUCGCGAUUCUCCGUUGAAACAGAUUCCUUACUUCACCAAUGAUAUCAUCAAACGCUGCGAAGCCAAGGGAAUCGAAUCUGUGUUUGAUCUUAUGGAGCAAGAAGAUGACGUACUCAAGGAUACGUUGCGUAUGGAUCAACGCAAGUUGCGCGAAGUCGUACGUUUUGUGGACCGAUAUCCCAAUGUGGAGAUUGGUUUCGACGUGGCGAAUCCCGAAGAACUGGCAGCAGGCGAAAUCGUGAAUGUCAAGGUACAACUUGAACGCGAAGGCGAAGGUGAUGAACCGAUUGGCCCUGUGGUUGCGCCCUACUUCCCUCACAAGAAAGACGAAGGCUGGUGGAUCGUUAUUGGCGAACCAUCGACCAAGACCCUGCUUGCGAUUAAACGUGUUACUCUGCAGCACAAGCUUACUAUGAAACUCGAUUUCAUUGCCCCUGAAGCCGGUCAUCACAAUCUCAAGGUAUUCCUGAUGUCUGACUCUUACAAUGGCUGCGAUCAAGAGCUGGAUAUGGAAUUGGAUAUUGCCGAAGCUGAAGAGAGCGAAGAAGAAAGUGAGGAAGAAGACGCCAUGGAACAAGAUUAAAUAAUAAUCUUAUGAAAUCCACCCAUCCUCACAGCCGUUUCCAAAAAAAAUGUUUUUAUAUAUGUCCUUUCUCUUUUGUGGUUUCCUUUAUUUUUUUCUCUUUUUCCUUUUUCCUCAAUAAAUGAAAAUAAAGAUGUACAGUUUCUUUCUACAUCAAGUCCACGGAUGCAUGUAUUUCUAUUGGUAGCAGAAACGGUUUCUGAUCUGUUCCCA